GUUACAAAGGCAAAACAUGGCGAAUCGUAGAGGGCUGUUCUCUUCGGUGUUCAACGAAUGACUGACUUAUUUCGAUGAAAUCUUGGUGUCGAAAGAGAUGAAUUACAUAGCUAAAUCUGUAGUCUCAAACAAGUUAUCCUCCGUGGGAAAGAACUUAGGAUGGGAUGAUAAAGAUGAUCAAGAGGGAGAAGAAGGACUAUCAGAAAAGGAACUUCGCAAAAUCCAGGAGAAGAACGCAGCGGCGAGAGCUAAACGACAAGACCAACAUGCCAAACGGAACGCUGAGAGAGAGAAGAAACGCGAUGAAAUACGCGCUAAAUAUGGACUGAAAGAAGGCCAAGCAAAGAGCAAUAGCAGCGGCAGUUCCAGCAGCAGCAGAAAAACAAGCUUUGAUGAUAUCGACACCGAAACAACGAAGGAGAAACAAUGCCUCGUGAUGUAAAGUUGAACAGUUGAGCAAAAUGUAUUUUUGAAUUUGUGACGCAGUUAUGGUAAAUGCAUUUAUCUACGCCCGAAAAUUGAAUUCUGUUCUUUUUUUUCACUCCAAAAUAAGAAGGUGAAAUGAAACAAGUAUCGUUCAACUAUUAUAAAUUCAUUCGGGAACUGUAUUCUAUUUUUGUGUAAAAUAUAGUAUCCACGGUCCUCAGCCUUGUUGAGCCUAAAUAUUGAAAACUUGAUAUUAUCUCAGUUAUUUUUGUAUGUAGCUUAAGAACAAGAAAUUAUAUGCAUGCUUGGGUUUAUAGUACUCUGAGUAGGCAUAAAUGUACAAACAGCACUGUUCAUGACUUAUGUGUAGACUAUAAAAGUUUCCCAGUUUUGGGCCAAUAUCAGUUUCAAUUUACGGUUGUUUCGAUUCUGAGUCAAUUCAAAACAUAGACCAAGUCGAUUCAAUACUCGUGGAAAUUUGAUUUGAUACCACUUCAGAUGCAGUAUUUGUAAUUUGGUCACUGUUCAUGAUAAGAAACUGGACUACUUGAAUGGAAACUGAGCGACUCGUUCCUAAGCAUUACAUUAAGCCUUUAACUCCCUUAUCAAAUCUGUAAUUCUCCUUACUAUCAACCAUACCAUUCCUAUAAUGUUAGUUCAGCGAACUUAGUAUUGGAUCAACUAAUUAUCCCCAAAAUGAUAUUUUUCUUUAUUCUCAUCACUUGUCUGGUUGAUAUUGUAUUGAUAUUGUAAGGAGAAAUUCUGUCUUGGUCACUCAUGGGAGUUAAAGGGUUAAAGUCGUUCUGGGAGAAGGUAGCCAAACUUUCUGCAUUUGUGGUAACUGAGUGGAAUAUGUACAGGUGAAAAUUCAUUUUUUUUGCAAGGACAAAAGGCUAUGGUGAAUUGCAUUCUAAAAUUGCCAAUCGCCCAACAUGCAAGAUGUUUACCCUCAAUCAUCAAAAAGUAAUAGAGUAGAAUUAGUCGUCAAAUGCCCUCGGUAUUUCUCGUUGGCUGCCUCUAUAAAGUCGUCUAGUAAAUAUUCCCAGAAGCCAAAAUGUUUCAUUUCUCGUAAGAUGAUGUGCAGCGCCUAUGGUUUCGCCUCGGGUGCUCAAUUAAACCCUUCCAUUAGAAAUAACGACACAAUUUGUCGACUAGAUUUUUUACUGUUAACCCUCCUUACGAAAAAAUACAGCGUAUAGAAAUCUUUAAGUGUCAACUGAUUUGAACUUUAACCAUCUACAAUGAGAACGGUUUAUCUUGAACUCUCAAAAUUUAUUUGGUAUUUUUCUAUGGACGAGAUCAUGAAACAUCACACGUAAUAAAACUAAGACGAGACAUUUUUCUUUCAAAUCCGAAAACAAACUAAGCAGGUU